GGAGAGGUUCUCUAUAGGGCGACCAGAUGUACGUGUUCGUGAGCCUAUAGACGCCAUGUUUGAUGCUGACGGCAUCGACAUGCCUACUUUCGGUCUGUGUUGGACACGUCGCGAGAGACGCUUUGCUAGUGAUCAGACCAGGAAGGCAUACACAGCAUUGAACGAGCAGUUCGAUGCGUACACCGGGGUCAUCUGGCAGCCCUACACGGAAGCAGCCAUACAAGCGAGAUACCCUGGUGGUCUGUCUGUGCUAUGCACAAGGGACCGAGAUUACUGGAUGACAAAAUCAAAGAUCAUCUUCGAUGUCUUCGUCGAGGAGAUGGCACAACAGAGGGUUAUGAGGCAAUUUGGUCUUCUGCAGUUGGAGCUGCCUCCCCCUAUAGAGAACCCGGUGCCAGCACACAUCCACAGGACGACAAGGAAGGGCAUGACCAGGACAACUGCUGACUGGCUAGUUAGACUAGAGCCGUAUGUUAUAGAAUGGGAGACAGCAAACACACAUCUAUGGCACGAGAAUCACAAUUUUGAUCUCAAUGAAUUCAAUCUCUAUUUGCGGCGCUACAUGACCGGAACACGGUUACGCAUCGUUGAGCACUCCCACCCAGAGGAGAUACCGGAUCCUACUCCGUCGGAUAUGUACCCGAGCUAUGACACUUCGGGCUCUAGGCAGUACGCGGUAAGAUAUAUUUUCUUUAAGUAAUGUUGUCACAUACUUUGACGUGCAAGAGACAUACAUUAUUAAUCGUCAUGGAAAUUUGCAGGCUACCUUGACACACGAACUCUACGAGGACGUGACCACCUUUGGACGAUCACUGUCGUCUGGACCUCUUCUUCAGCACCGUCCAGUGCUACAGCCCUUCUUGGAACGAAUUCAGAACAAGAUACGGACUGUGUACGAGGCUAUCACGUGCACCCGGAGAACCGACGUUGUUCAGCACCAGCAGCAGCAGCCGCGUCACUCCAUGCACCGACAUCAACCACGUCCACGUCUAGCACAUCAGCCGACAACCAGGCCACCCCGUCCUGACC